UGGUACUUUUGAGAGAAUGUGCAAUAGAGUACGCCUUCCAGACGAUGUUACUAUCGGUUUCAUUAUAGAAAUUUUAUUGAAGAAACCUCUGACGAAAGUGCAAACCUUCAACUCUCACCUUCAGCAAUUGGCAAGAAUUCCAACUAGACAACUUCAAAAUCAGCUUACCUUGAGUUAUAGUAUUACCGAGAGUAGACGCAAUGUUAUCAACUUGGCAGCUAUAAUGGAUAAUGAUCCAACCAGAUUCAAAUCAUUCCAUUGUACGUACUUCCGGGGAUAUGGGAGCUGUCCAUCCAACUAACAUCAUCUCUGAUGCAGCUAAUGGUCAGCCAUUGGUCAUCUAAGGAUUGUCUCUAGCAACCAUCCUGAGGCCAGAGCUGCUAGACCGUCGUCAAACCAGCUAUCAUCCAAAGAAGUUGUCCUUAUUCAUCCAACGAAUGACAUCCUUGAGGCAGCUAACGGUCAGCUAUUAGACAAACAUCUAAUGGUUGUCUCUACCAUCUUUGGACCAGUGCUACCAGACCAUGGUCAAACUAGCUAUUGUCCAAAGGAGUUGUCCUUAUUCAUCCAACGAAUGACAUCCUUGAGGCAGCUAAAGGUCAGCUAUUAGACAGACAUCUAAUGGUCGUCUCUACCAUCUUUGGGCCAGUGCUACCAGACCAUGAUCAAACUAGCUAUUGUCCAAAGGAGUUGUCCUUAUUCAUCCAAGGAAUGUCAUCCUUGAGGCAGCUAACGGUCAGCUAUUAGACAGACAUCUAAUGGUCGUCUCUACCAUCUUUGGGCCAGUGUUACCAGACCACGGUCAAACUAGCUAUUGUCCAAAGGAGUUGUCCUUAUUCAUCCAACGAAUGUCAUCCUUGAGGCAGCUAACGGUCAGCUAUUAGUCAUCUAAUGAUUGUCUCUAGCAACCAUCCUGAGGCCAGUGCCACCAGACCAUGGUCAAACUAGCUAUCGUCCAAAGGAGUAGUGGUCAUCUUUAUGCCGUACCUAACAUCAUUUUGAUAGCUAAUGUUCUUCUAGUGAUUAUCGAAGGGCCAGCUUGUGGUCAUUGCAAUGAACAUCUCAGCAUCUGCAUUGCCAGCUAAUGGUCAUUUCAUCCACCAUCCUGUUACCAAUGAAUGCCCUUUGUACUAUUGCAUUGACCAGCUACGAGUAGAUCUGUAUUUCAUUUCAGCUUUCAUCAUCUGUCUGGACGGAUAAUGGUCUUCUUAGAUCAGCCGAAAGUCUUAUCAGUCAGUUAUGUUCAUAUUAAUGAUUUUAUUAGUCUACCAAUUAGUGACUAUUGCUAUGGGUGAGCUUGUCGUCAUUUUGGCUGCAAUCAUCUGUCCACCAAUUAGUGACUAUCACUGAAGCCAUCUUGGGGUGAGCUAGUCUUUUCAGUUUCCAUCUUCUGUCCAGUUAUCUUCCAUCUAUUAGUCGCCUGAAGGACAGCUCACCCUCCUCCAACAAACGAGUACUAGAGUACAGUGUCUGGAAAGAUAAAACAA